CCUCAACUCCAUAGCUAUUCAUCAAAGCCAUAAAAUGCAGCUGCAGUUGGUAAUGGAUUUCUACAGACAUAAAUACACUCCUCACGUACAAAUUACCACAUUCUCUCCUGCCUAUUGCUUCUAAAGAUGGCUCAGCUGAAGUGCCAUGGCAUGUGCAUGAGAGGGUCAUCAUCGGAGCUCCGGUUACCGAGCAAUGAUGGCAAGAGGAACGCGAAUUGGAGGCCUCGAAAGGCGACUGUGAUCCCUAAUUUCUGCGUCCCUGUGCGAAGCCAUGAAAUCCAAAACAGGACUCCGGUCGAGGAUAUCAGAUCGCUCCGGCUGAUCACAGGCAUCAAAACCCCAUACCAACACGAUGGCAGAUUGGACCUCAAAGCCUAUGAUGCCCUGAUCGAUAUGCAGAUCGCACAGGGUGUGGAAGGAGUCAUCGUCGGAGGCACAGCUGGGGAAGGCCAUUUGAUGAGCUGGGACGAGCACAUCACACUCAUUGGACACACCGUCGCUCACUUUGGCGCUUCGCUCAAGGUGAUUGGCAACACCGGAAGUAACUCCACCGGUGAAGCAAUGCAGGCCACUGAGCAGGGCUUUGCUGUUGGAAUGCAUGCUUCCCUUCACAUCAAUCCUUACUAUGGCAAAACAUCGAUACCUGGCUUGCUCGCUCACUUCAAUAGUGUUUUGCCCAUGGGCCCGAUGAUAAUAUACAACAUGCCAUCAAGGUCGGGUCAGGACAUUCCGCCUAGUGUCAUCCAAACCUUGGCUGCAAGUCCGAACUUUGUCGGCGUUAAGGAAUGUGUUGGAUAUGAUCGUGUUAGGCAGUAUGCAGAGGAAGGGAAAACCGUUUGGUGCGGGAUGGAUCAUGAAUGCCAUGAUGCUAGGUGGGAUUUGGGCGCCACAGGAGCGAUGUCGGUCGCUAGCAAUUUGAUUCCUGGCUUGAUGCGGGAAUUGGUCGUGGGGAAGAAGAGUCCUUCGUUGAACAAAAAGCUAAUGCCUUUGAUCGAAUGGCUCUUCCACGAGCCGGCCCCGAUUGGACUGAACACUGCUCUGGCUCAACUCGGGGUGGUCCGGCCGGUUUUCAGGCUCCCUUAUGUGCCGCUUCCUCUAUCGAAGAGGCAAGAAUUUGUGGGAUUGGUGAAGGACAUUGGAAGAGAGCAUUUCGUGGGAAAAAGAGAAGUUCAUGUACUUGACGACGAUGACUUCAUCUUGGUCGGAAGAUAUUGAUAGUGGUCGUGUUCCUUCCAAAAAGACAUCCUUCAUGUUUCAUCUUGCUUCCUCAGAUUUACCAUGUUGUUCAGCGACGAAAUAACCUGGAACAAGAAUCAAGGUGUAUCACUUUGAAAUUAAGAAGCAUUGCACGUAUAGCUA